CUUCUCUUCAGAAAGUUGGAAUAUCUGAGAUGAAUCUAUUUUCUCUUCACUUCAGAAAGUUGAAUUUUGUAAAACAAAAUGGAAGGAUUACCAACAGAUUUGUGUUUGAAGAUUUUUUGUUUUUUAAAUCAUCAAAGUCUUGCAACAGCUCAACACGUUAGCAGGAAAUGGAAGCACUUGGCAUCCCAGAACAUUCUAUGGUGCAAUUUAUUCAAGGAGAGGUGGGGAGAUGAUCAAGCAGCAUUUUAUGCCCCUACUGAAUCCAAAACAUGGAAAAAUGUGUACGAAGUUCAGGAUCGCUGUGAUAGAGUUGGAUUGGGACUGAAGAUCAUCAGAGAAGGUGGUGACUAUUAUCUUGUUCGCCAAGGUGAGAUCCAAAGGUAUUUGGGUUCGAGGAAUGAUGAAAAAGAUGCGAAUGAUCACUCCAAAUGUAAAAGAGGUCGGGUCACCAGUGAAGGAUCAUUUGAGGAAGAUCAACCGUGUCUGGGUAUUCUUGACAAAAUUCUCUUUUUCAUGGGUGACCUAGAAAUGGCAGCAAGUGACGCAAAACGGAACAGAACUCUGUGAUGCGAAGCAAAAUUUGUUUUGGCAUGAUGAAAUGUGAAAUCCAGGUUGCGCUGAUGGGGAGCAACAAUGUGCUGUUAACUUCGGAAAGGUUUUUGAAUCUUGAUGGUGCAACCGUGUUAUUUUCUUUGUGUUGUUGUUACCAGAUUGCUUGUAUGUAUGCAUGUAUUUAAGCUGUGAAAUAAAUUUAUUCCAAUGUUUUAUGUCAUGUGAAAAGAAAAGUCGGUCAUUGUUGAUAUUCCGUUUUGUUAAUAAACAGAUGAUCUUUGAAGUUGCAAUGUAAAGUUUUUUUUUUCCUUUU